UCUGUGCGUAAAUGCGUUUUCGACGUUGACGUCAGCGUGCGGGCGCAUGCCCAGUAAAGCUGAGCGACUCGGGGCCUGGUUUCCGGUUGGUGGUGAGCGGAAGAUGGAUGAAGAUGAGGUCGCGGAGAGUUGGGAAGAAGCGGCCGAUAGUGGGGAAAUAGACAGACAGCUGGAAAAGAAGCUGAAGAUCGCUCAGAGGGAAAACAGCAAAACAAAGUCUCCUCCCAAAGCCCCCGUGGUUAUCCAGGACGACUCCCUCCCAUCGGGCCCCCCUCCUCAGAUCCGAAUCUUGAAAAGACCAACAUCAAACGGCCUUGCUAGUAACCCGCAUGCCUGCAGCCGGCCCGUCGCACCCGUGAAGUCAUUGGCUCAGAGAGAGGCCGAAUACGCUGAAGCCAGAAAGCGAAUCCUGGGCAGCGCCAGCCCCGAGGAGGAGCAGGAGAAGCCGGUUACAGACAGGCCGGCGCGGACCAAUCAGGUGGAAGAGAUCAGGCAGCAGAACAAUGUGAUCCGGCAGCCGCUGGGUCCCGACGGUUCUCGAGGCUUCAGACUGGGCAGAUAAACCUAGAGGAGCGACGCCACAAUGGGUGGCUCUGCCCUGUCACAACAAUGGACCUGAGCAGAGGGAACGACUUGGUUUUCUUGCACUUUGAUGUCCUUUUUGCUCUGCCCACUGUGACCUUAAAACCUGUGCACUGUGACCCCCUCCUGCCGCCCCUAUAGCUCCGACCACUGUGAUUGGCUCAUCCUCAGGCUCCAGUUCCACCAGGGGCAAGUGCGACUGAGCAACUGCCAUAUGGGGGCGGGGUAUUUUAAUGAGACCACCCCAAGUGUAGAGGAAGCAAAGGGGGUGCCGCGUGCCUCUGAAGUCACCGCCAGCAAUAAUGUUCAUAAUCUUUAAUUGUGUCUGUGUGGAGGGGAGGGGCUGCCCCAUCCCUCGUUACAUCGAGAUUAUAGGAAUGCCGAGCCUUGGGGGGGGGCAUGGGAAGGAUCAUUUUAAUGAAGACAAUUUGUUUUAACAGAUUCUAGUGAUGUAAAGGGCAAGUGGGGAGGUUUUGUUGCCCAUGGAUUGGGGGCUGCAGUGGACAGUUCUGGUGCUUGGCCAGUUUGGGGGGUUCAGGUUGGGGCAUUGAGCUUGUUAGAUUAACCCCUUGUGUGCUAGAGGGGGAGAUGCAUGUGCUGCUGCUGAGCAUGGCUUUGGAAUCAGGAACUGCCCCCAGUGAUGGGGAAGAGGUAUUUCUGCUGGUAUUGACUGGUAAUGACUGGGAUUGAGUGGGGACAGGAGGAGUCUGAUGUUGGGCACAAGACUGGCAUCUCAUGGCCUGGGCUGUCCCCAGUACAAAGAAGUGGGAUGUGGAGAGGCCGGCAGUGUUGUGCCCCAGUGCUGGAAAUUACUGAUCCUGCUGCAGCCGUGAUUGGGCAGUUGUAGUAAUGGGGAGGGAGGGAGGGGAGCUGCUUGUACCAUUUAGUGCCAGUGCUUUGUAGUCGGCUGCAUUUGAUCGGCAUUACUGAGAGCCAUAUGGGGGCCCAUCAGGCUAUUACCCCGGCACCAGCGCUGCGCCCAAUAAACCGCUCACUGUCUGGGCCUCAGAACCUUCAGAACAAACUGCUGAGUAGAGAAAAUGUCCCUGUGUGUGACAUUCGAGUAAAAUAAACGCAGUAUUUUCCUCC